AUGCUCCCAAACGGCGUGUCAGACGUUAGCCCCGAGCACUGGUCAGGGAACCUCGAAGCUGGGGGCGUCAGCAUCUCUCAAGGAAAGGUGGAUCCGAACGGACACGCUGAUUUCGCAGAGAACGUUUCCAAGUCUCUUCGACAGCGCCACAAACCUCGAAAUGACUUUCACGUUCACCUCGAUUUGGGCGCCGACAAAGCUGGAGCGGGACAAACAUCAACGACCGAUUCUAGUGGCAAGUGCAAACUGCGAGAGUCAUGGAAGGGCAGCGCGAUCUACAAAUUUCUAGAGCGUCAAUGGAGCUGGAUCCCUCCAAUAUUGACAUGGCCGAAGCUCAAGCCUGUCUUUCGGAGCUCUCUCGUAGCUUGGAUAUGUCUGGUGCUUCUGAUCAUAAAUCCGGUGCAGCUAAUGCUUGGUCAAGCAUCAUUCCUCAUUCUGAUCGGUGCCUUCAUCCAGCCGGCUGAGGCGCCUCUCGCGACAGUGAUCGAGCGCGAGUUUUUUUUGCUGUUCUUCCUUUGCGUCACCUGGGCGUACAGCUGCAUUGCAGUGGCGAUUGCGCACGCCGUUCGAGAUGUCAAGCUCGCGGCAAGCGAGGUACCAAAUCCGGUCGCCAUUUUUCAAGCCGAAUAUCUCGAGACCAAACCGGCCAUUGUCUGUGCCUUUUUCCUUGCUUUCGGCUCAGCCAUCCUACUGUGGAUCAAGAUCCACUUCGGCCCUUCGCCAUUUCUCUUCGCAACUGUCCUGUCAUGCAUCUUGCUCAACAUCAUGUUGACGUACGCGCCGCUUUUUCCAUACGCGUACUACUCGCUCGGAAAGCAGGUCGUGGUACCUCUGACAGUCAAGGUGGGUGUGACGAUCCUCAUAUCCUUUGUCUUCUUUCCUAAGAGCAACAACGCUCUGUUCGUCGAGCGCAUUGUCGCAGUCCUUAAACCUAUGGCCUCAGUCAUGACUCAACAACAAGAACUGCUGAAGAAAAGCCCGCUCGAGGAAGACUUUGACUUCUACCUCGUCCCCAAUCUACUUAAUACGGCAGAGGCGGGACUAAUGCCUCUGCAGAUGGCCUCUCGCCUUUUGACGCGCGAGCUAAGCUUCGGUCAUGCCAAUGGAUCGGACCUAAAGCAGCUCGAGAUCCUCACACGCAAGAUGAUCCCUUCUUGCGACGGAAUGGCAUACUAUUACGCCAUGGUCAGGCAAGACUUGGAGCACUCGCACUUCCCACGUACCCCAGCGGCGAGCGUCGUUGGUACACCCCGUUCCUCGAGGCCAAGCACACCGGCCCCGUCACGUCCACCGUCUCCCACUCGUGAUGCGCUGAACGAGACGACCUCGUCGAAUGCAGUCGCAGAUGGACGAUUCGCAAACAUGUCGCGUGGGCAUAUGGCUUUAGGCUCCCGAAUGUCAAAUGGCUCCAUGAAAGGAGAUGGGCGACCGACAGCAGGUCUUCAUCAUCAUUCACUGCUGCACAACGUUUUUCACCAUCACUCGAAGGUUCCUUCAACAUCAGGAUCGGGCCGUCGGAGUACCAUCUUUCACCACCCUCAACGCGAAGAGCAAGCCCCUGUGGGCACUUGGGAAAGUUUGCGAUAUGCAGAGGUGGAGACGCACUUACAUCCAGCAGGAAACGAUGUCUUCACUGAAAAUCUGAUGCGGCUACUCGGAGAAUGUUCGCAAGAUUUGUUAGCGGCCAACAAUGACGCUUUACAGCUGCUGAUCAAGUGGCUCGAAGAUUUGAAUCACAGCCGUCUUAGCGACCUAGUGGAUCGCUUCUUCAGACCGAGACGAUGUCUUCACAAGAGUCAAACAUCGGCUCAAGGCUUCGCCGAUGCCGUUUCUGACCUUGAACGCCAUUUGGAAAAGUUCCGCGUUGCGACGCGCUUUGGUAUUCUUGAGCCAUUCAAGACCCCUGGGGACGAUUUGCUGUCCAGCGCCGUGCCUUAUCGCUACCUCUACCAGGCCUUUGUCCACCAAUUCCACCACAUGGAAACGACGGAGCACAUACUUCAGAUCCUUCGCGAGGUCAACCGUAUCUGUGAUGCAAGAGCGAUGCCCAGGUUCUGGGCUCCGAAUCUCCCCAAAUUGUGGUCCUUCGAGGCCUGGCUGGACUUUGGCGAGGGGGACCAACACGCAGAUCCGACAGAAGGGGCUAGUGAAAUUCUUGGAGCUCCUUCAUCCAUCAUCGAGCUGGGUGUUUCCAAGCCACGUGAUCCGGACGCCUUGGCACCAAGCACUGCAGCGCAAGCGGUCUAUCGCAGUCUUUUUGACUUUCUCAGUACGCUUUUCCAAGGCAAUAUGCUCUUUGCUCUAAAGGCCGCUGUCAUGACAGGCAUCAUCGCCCUACCUACCUAUCUCAAGAGCAGUGCCGAAUUCUGCUAUGUGAACCGUGCGAUCUGGAGCAUAUUCAUGGCGCAGUUGACGCUCUCGCGAUUCAAGGGGGACACGGUCUUUGGCCUGGUAUCACGAAUCAUCGCCACUGUUUUGGGGUGCAUCUGCGGGGUGCUCAUCUGGUACAUUGGAGAUGGCCAUGGGAAGGGAAACCCUUAUGCAUUGUGCGCCGUCUCGGCUGUUGGGUUCAUCUUAAUCUUCAGCUUCCGCCUCUACUAUCCGGCCCCUCCUAUAACGUUGAUUAUCACUGGAGUCACUGCCGCGUUAGUGAUAGGGUACAGCUGGCAAGGCGCGCAUGACCCAACAUAUGGCAAUAUUGGGUAUGGAAUCGCCGUAAUGUGGCGUCGGUUGGUUGGCGUAAUCAUUGGCGUGACGAUAGCAGCCAUAGUGUCACUCCUGCCGCCGACCUCGACACUUCGGCAGCAUCAGCGCAUGAGCCAUGCACGGACCAUUGCAGAGAUCGCCAACCUGCACUGCCAGGCGAUCUCAUACGCAGCGUGGCAAGAGGAGGGUAAGCCGACGGGAAUGACCAAGGCUCUGAUCGCACUGAGGGGGAAGUUACGGCGACUGAACGUCGCGAGCGCCAACAUCACUUAUGAGUGGAGUCUUCGAGGAACAUGGCCCAAACAGAGGUAUCAAGCUCUGUUCGAAGUGCAGAUGGAGAUUUCGAAGCUGUUGAGUCAUCUGGUCUCAGUUCUCAAGAAGCUCCCUGAGCCCUGGGCCAAGGCACUCCUACGGAGGACCCGCCUUUCAGACCCGCUUUUCAUCGGCGACGUCGUCGCAGUCCUCAUCAUGUGCUCGACCGCACUGCAAUCCGGGAUGCCUUUGCCGCAGAUCACGCCUUGUCCGCUGCUGGACCGCUUUUUGCUGCUCAAGCCAGGAUUCGCCAUCACACAAGACGACGACGAAGACAACCUCGGCUUGCCGACUCACGUGACAUUCGCGACUGUUUGCGAUCCUGCGUAUCUCAACUUUGCUGUCGGCGCCUCUACAGCCGCAGGGCUCAUCAUUCGACUGGACAAGCUGAUGCUCGUCGUCAAGGAACUGGUAGGCGAGGCCUACCCCGUGCCAGCGGACUUACACGCACGUAAUGCGGUGUUUGAUCGAUACAGGCACGUCAACAACCAUUGA